AUGGCGACGUCGAGCAAGCAGAACUCACGGUUCUCGUCCCUGCGGGUGUUCAAGUUCGCUGCUGGCUCGAAACCACCCCCGCUCCCUCCGAAAGACCCCUUUCGCCUCCCCAAUCCUUCCCUUCCUUCCCUCGGCAACUCUCUCUCUCCAGACUCUCUUCCCUCUCAACCUGCUACGCCGCUAUCGGCCCAGUAUGCGACUCUGCUCAGGAGCCCAUCCCCAUCACCGUCCUACGCUCCCAGCACUAACACCACCGUCUCCCCUCCAUCCCUCUCCGCCUCUCCCGAGUCCGCUGGCUCUCGCAAGGGUCUCUUCAAGUUCUCCUCGUUCAGCAAGCGUCCCAAGACUCCCAAAACCGCCGAGUCAGGCUACUCUGCAGCGUCCGAGUCCUCUCACCCCCCGGAGCCUCAUCCACCGGAGCCAUCAGAUGACCCCUCCAUAUCCAUGCCAUGGAACUUUCAGGAAGCCUGCGGAGCUGGGAACAUCUCAGAUUUGAUGUGGCACACGCGUUUGGCGACAUGA